AUGGCGCAACUGUUCACAAAAAUCAUUGUCUACUUUCUCCUUUUCGCUUCUCCCCUCUUGGCGAAUCAAUGGCCACUGCACAAUAACAGCUUGAACGAUGUCGUGCAAUGGGAUCAUUACAGCUUCGAGAUCAACGGGCAACGACUCUUUGUCUUUGCAGGAGAAUGGCACUAUUGGCGCAUCCCUGUUCCGGAACUUUGGAUUGACAUCCUCGAAAAGAUAAAGGCUGCUGGCUUUACCGCUUUUGGAAUAUACGUUAAUUGGGCUUAUCACGCCCCAAACAACUAUACAGUGGACUUUGCAACUGGAGCUCACGAUAUCACUCCAAUCCUUAAAAUGGCCAAGGAUGUGGGGCUGUACGUGCUCCUACGUCCUGGGCCUUAUAUCAAUGCCGAGGUCAAUGCCGGCGGAUUCCCUCUUUGGGUCACGACUGGCGAAUAUGGUUCUUUGAGAAACGAUGAUAGUCGUUACACGGCAGCUUGGGAGCCGUACUUCACGAAAAUUUCCGAAAUUGCUAGUGAAUAUCAAAUUACAAAAGGAGGAAACGUUGUAACAUACCAGAUUGAAAACGAGUUCGGAGAUCAAUGGACUGGCUCACCGUCUCGAAGAGUUCAAUACGAGCCAGCAGCAAAGUAUAUGGAACUUCUUGAGGCAAAUGCCCGUCGAAAUGGGAUAGAUAUACCUCUCGUCGCUAAUGAGCCAAAUAUGCGGGCCAUUUCCUGGGGGAAAGAUUGGUCAAACAGUUCGGCGAAUGUCGACGUUGUUGGUCUUGAUUCUUAUCCAUCGUGCUGGACGUGUGAUUUAAGUGUCUGUACUGGCACUACUGGCGAAUAUAUUGCCUAUCAAGUAAUAGACUAUUACGGCUAUUUCCAGGAAACACAGCCAACAAUGCCAUCUUUUUUUGCCGAAUUCCAAGGAGGCUCAUACAACCCCUGGGGAGGACCCGUUGGCGGCUGUCCUGAAGACAUCGGGCCCGACUUUGCUAACUUAUUCUAUCGAUGGAAUAUUGGUCAGCGAGUAACAGCGAUUAAUCUGUACAUGCUCUACGGAGGGACGAAUUGGGGAGCAAUUGCUGCCCCCGUGGUAGCUUCAAGUUAUGACUACUCGUCGCCUAUCUCAGAGAACCGGACCAUUGGCGCAAAGUAUUAUGAAACCAAAUUGUUGACAAUGUUUACUCGCGCAGCAAGAGAUCUCAUAGUCACCGAUCUGAUUGGGAAUGGAACACAGUAUUCUACCAACCCAGCUAUCCAGACACAUGUGAUCCGAAAUCCAAUCACUAAUGGUACUUUCUAUGUCACGCUUCAUACUAUCUCUUCUUCCUCCACGGAUGAAACUUUUCAGUUGCAUGUUAACACCUCCGCCGGAGCGUUCUCUAUACCCAGGUAUGGGAAUUCCAUCCGGUUGAACGGGCACCAAUCAAAAAUCAUUGUAACAGAUUUCCAAUUUGGGACCCACAAGUUAUUGUACUCUACCGCGGAGGUCUUGACUUAUACCGUCCUAGAUGGAAUACCAACUCUUGCUUUGUGGGUACCGACUGGUGAAUCUGGGGAGUUCUCCGUACUGGGCGGCAAAUGGGCAUCGGUACUGCGGUGUGAAUGGUGCUCCGAUAUCCAAUUUCACCCAGAGCAAGACCAAACCAGCAACCCAACCGUCAGCAGACUUACCGUCUCCUUCACACAAGGUCAAGGAAUGAGCGUCAUUAAGCUGGACACAGGUUUGCGGGUCGUGUUGCUUGACCGUGAAUCCGCAUAUUACUUCUGGGCACCAGCUCUCAAUUCGGAUCCAUCUGUCCCUGAAGACCAAAGCGUUCUUGUUCAAGGGCCACAUCUCGUCCGUAGCGCCAAAAUCGUGGGUUCAACAAUUCGCCUGACAGGCGAUUCGGCACAGACAAGUCCCAUCGAAGUCUUUGCACCAAAGCAAGUCCGGAUUAUUUUCUGGAACGAUAAGGAGCUAAAAACUUCGAAAACGUCAUAUGAUAGUCUUCAGGCUUCGUUGCCACAACCGGCCUAUGUAAAGCUUCCAUUGCUUGGCCCAUGGAAAUACAACGGCAGCCUGCCAGAAAAGGCCCAAGAUUAUAAGGAUACUAGUGCAGCGUGGAUCUCCGCCGAUCACAUGAAGACUUCCAACCCUAGUCCUCCAGCCACCUUCCCUGUGUUAUAUGCUGAUGAAUAUGGUUUCCACAACUCCAUCCGUAUCUGGCGUGGCUAUUUCACUGGAAAUGCUACAGGCGUCGUUUUGAAAGUUCAAGGAGGUUAUGCCUUUGGCUUCUCUGGCUGGCUCAAUGGGAAACUCUUGGGCUCAUACCUCGGAAACGCGUCUGUUGAACAUAGCCAUCUCACACUUCCAUUCAAUGUCAGUCACGUCAGCACGUCUUCAGACAAUGUUCUCGUCAUCGUUCAUGACGAUACUGGACACGACGAAACAACAGGAGCUCUGAACCCACGUGGUAUCCUUGAAGCCACUUUGUUGUCGGAUAACAGCUCUUCCAAGUUCAGUCACUGGCGAGUUGCUGGCACCGCAGGUGGAGAGACAAAUAUAGAUCCGAUGCGAGGCCCAUACAACGAAGGUGGUUUAUACGCUGAGCGCAUGGGAUGGCAUCUUCCUGGUUUCAAUGAUAAUGCGUGGUCUGAUGCAGGAUCUAAGCUCAAUUUUACAGGCGCUGAUAUCAAAUUCUACCGCACAACAGUACCACUGAAUAUCCCCAAGGGCGUGGAUGUUUCAAUCUCUUUUGAGCUUUCCGCUUGUGGUACUACCAAUGCGUUCCGUUCACAGCUUUUCGUGAACGGUUAUCAAAUGGGACGGUUCAAUCCUUGGGUUGGUAACCAGAUUGAGUUCCCUGUUCCCCCAGGUAUCCUUGACUAUACGGGUGAUAAUACCAUCGGACUUUCCCUCUGGGCACAAACGGAGGAUGGAGCAUGUGCCAUUGUUGACUGGAAGAUCAAUUACGUUCUGGGAAGCUCGUUGGAUGUCACCUUCAAUGGUGAAUAUCUGCGGCCAGGAUGGACUAGCGAGAGAUUACAAUACUCGUAG